AUGCCGUUCAGUCUCGCUAUCAUGGGUGCAGGCCCCGCCGGCCUCACACUUACCCGCCUCCUCCAGGUUGCCGCUCUCGACAUCUCCAUCUCCAUCUUCGAAAAGGACGCCAGUCCCACGUCCCGUUUCCACCAGGGCGGCUCACUCGACUUGCACACGAACACUGGCCUCGCUGCCCUCAAAAAAGCCGGGUUAUGGGAAGAAGCGCUCAAGCAUCUCCGUUAUGACGGCGAGGAAUUGUUCAUCGCGGACAAAAAUGAUACGGUUAUCUUACAUCUCAACAAUCACCCCAAGUCCAACAGGAAAGCGUCGGCAUUGGAUUACGAGAGGCCGGAGAUCGAUCGGGAGGUCCUGAAGGAUAUCUUAUUGGAGAGUGUUGAGAGUGAAUGCGUCAAAUGGGGCAAAACCGUGCAGUCGGUUGAACCCGAGACAGGUGUGUUGAACUUUCGCGAUGGGACGACCGCUGGCCCGUUUGAUUUGGUCGUCGGCGCUGAUGGAGCGUGGUCCAUGGUACGACAUGUCUUGACAGAUGUGAGGCCACAAUACGCGGGCAUCUGUGGCUUUGAGAGCCGCAUUCCGAGACCGAAUGAGGAUUAUCCAAAGCUGUCAAAGAUGGUCGGGAGAGGCAGUUACUUUUCAUACUCUGACGGAAAGUCUCUGACGGCACAGAGAAUGGGUGAUGAAUCGAUCAAAAUUGGCAUGUGGGUGAAAAUGGAAGAUGGCGAGAGCUGGCCUGCUGAUAUGCUGGCCGCUUACGGUGACACCGAGGAGAAAUUGAAAGACAAAAUCCUGGAAAAUUACCAAGACUGGACACGCCAACAGAAACAGCUGAUCCGAGUCAGCACCAGAUUUCGACCUUGGCCGCUGUAUGAGUUACCUGUUGGAAAUACCUGGGAACACAAAAAGGGCUACACGCUGAUUGGAGACGCUUCCAGCCUGAUGACGCCGUUUGCGGGGGAAGGUGUGAACAAGGCGAUGAAAGAUUCGCUCGAGCUGGCUGAAGCCCUUGAGAAUGCCCUCAAGGAACAGAGAAACGUGGAUGAGGCGGUACGCCAGUACGAAGAGAAUAUGUUCCCGCGGGCAAAGAAAUAUCAGAGAAAGACUAUGCGGAACAAGCAGGGCAUGUUCAGCAAGGAAGGACCUGUGGUGUUUCUGGUGGGCAUGGUUGACAUGGCUGCGGAGGAGAUGGGUAAGGAUCUCUCCAAGGGAUGGCUGAGCUGGGUCCCGUUCAAGACGAUGAUGUACUCCUGGGUUGUGUCCAUCCAAACCUUUGGGGCUAUGAGGAGGAGGGUGAGUGAUUGGUUUUCGAGGGCGUAG